CUGGAGACUAAUAGGUGGCAUAGAUCAGUGGGAUAAGGGACACUGGCUGUCGUAACAAUGACAGCAGGGGGUCACAUCAAAUAUCAAGUCAAGGUAUGUAUAAUACACUAACACAUUCGGCCUGGGUGAGAGUUAGCAGUCCUCAUCUGGGUCCACCAGCAGUGAGCGAGGAUUCUUCCCUCCAGUGUUCCUGCUCACCAGAUCGGCAUGUGUACUAUGUCCUUAGCGAAAGUCACGCGGCUCAGGGAAAACAUCAACGUAAAGUUCAAGUCGUACUUGACCCCCUUUUUUGUAUGCUUUGAAUACAUUGUAGAAGAGGCGAUAGUAGUUCGACCAUACUACUUCAGGGGCGCUAUGAGUGUGUCUUUUCUGCUUUUCUUUCGUGAACAGCGCAAUCUCGGCUGCGAAAGGCGUUCGACUUUCCGCCAAUUGCAUCUAUGUUACGGUCGCAAACAACCUAUUUUGUGCCACGCUCCUCUAGUCGCAAUGGAUCCUCAAUCGUUCACCCAUAGCAGGAUGCCUUCUCGAGUCGUACAGCCAUGAUCGUAACCGGCUAUGCUCGAAUGUUGUGAACCUUCUGUGGCGGCACAAUCACGACCUAUGGAUCCGCGAUCGAACCGUAACAUUGGAACGCACCGAGACCGGGAUAUGUCGA